AUGGUUGGUAUCUUGAGACCUCGAGACUACCUGCGUUUACUGUCGUCAAAGGGUGAAGAAAAAGGUCAAACACUCUUGGGGUACCUGGGCAUAGAUGAUAACCAUUAUCAGAAAGAUAAGUUUAAUUACCCAUGUACUGAUCAAAUCGACAUAGGGAAGGAUAAAGUUUACUGUUGGGAAAAACCCGCGGGGCAGAAGUUGGUGACAAACGAUUUAACCAAGCUUUGGGAGCCUUUGCCAAUACCAUUUUUUUGCUCCUCCCGGACUUGGGAGUGUUCGCUGGCGGCGACAAUUACUGUGUGUUCAAUGCGCUAUCGCCAUAGGCUCAUCCGCGAACAGAAAAGGUUAGUUGAUGCCUGGUUUGGACUUAAGGGACUUGGCUGGUCUGUUUUUGGUUCUCUAUUGAGCCAGCUACAUCCACCAAAGCUUCUAAAAAUUAUGAUUUACCAACUGAACAACGUGCGCAAAAAAAGUGAAAUAGCUAUCAAUUUAGCCCAUAACUUAUUGAGCGUAGGCGGUGAAACUGUCGAUCUUGAGUUUUGA